AUGGCGUCCACACAAGCCCCUCAACCAUCACCUCCCACAAACCCACGAAAGCGCGGCGCCCCCAGCCUCCCAGUCGGCUCCGGCAACGAGCGCAAACGCGCAAAGUUCCAAGACGCCCGCACCAUUGCCGUCCAGAGCUCCAACCCAGCCCUGCGGUCCGGCGAACUCGACGUCAAUGCCUUCAUCCAGUCCCGCGAAUUCGAGAUUGCGGCGCUCCGGGAUGCAAUGAAGAACUCGAAGCGUGCGAGCAACAAACGGGCCUUCCAAUUGGUGCCUAGGGACAUGAGACGGCGCACGGCAAGCCACAAUGUCAAGAGGGUGCCCAAGAGACUGCGAAAGAGGGCGGCGCGCGAAAUGCAUGAAGACAACACCCCUACGGUGACUGCCCGCCGGCGGAAGUCUGCAGGCUUUAUGCGUCUGCGCCUUGAGACAGCGAAAAAGCUCAAGAAUAUGGCUACCAAGCGGGAGCUUAACCCAGAGAUCCUCUCGAAAACUCCCUUGUCACGUAGUACGAUCAAUGAGCUACGGAGACCGCCACGGCCGGCAAACAAGUUUAGGAAGAGGCAGAGGGAGAAGACGUGGUUGCCGACGCAUCUGUGGCAUGCAAAGAGAGCAAGGAUGGGGGUGAGGUGGAGAUUCGCCGUAGCAGAAACACCCACCGAGAAGUGUUAUCGCCCGACGCAUAGAGCAAGUCAGACAAAGGGUGCCGUGGCAUGGGAUCAAAGCUACUUUUCAACAGUCAUGCUGAGAGGGAGUGAAGAAAAUUGCAAAGAGGUGAUUGGAAAGGUUUGUGGGAAAGCAGUGGGCCCAUUGAGCAAGCUUGUUGUGAGUGGAAAGAGGGCAUGUGAGGCAUGGAUUUACAAGGCAGGGGAUUAUCCUACAGGGCCAAUUGCACCCGUUACCAUUAUCUGGUGUGUGCCUAAAGACGUCAAUGAGCACAGGGAAAUAUUUAUCAGGGUCCACCCAUCAGCCUUCCUUGAGCUAUGGGACACCCUCCUUCCACUCUGCAAAGCUCACAAAACAGUCAUUGAAGACCUGCGAUUCGAAAUCGGCAGUAUCGAAAUCACAGGGCCGUCUGCCACUGCUGCACUCCUCUCCAUCCUCAAACCCACCACCCCCGGCUCGCCAGAGUCUCCAGAAGGCAUAUGGCCCCAACUACAUGGGCUUACCAACCCCUCUUUUCUUCCUCUCGGCGCCCUACUCACCUUCAAAAUCAGCGACCCACGCCUCCGUCUCCCUCCCCGCCCCUUCAUCCCCGCACCCUCCGCAACACCCGAAGCAGAUCUUCUCAACCUCUCUCGCACCUGGCCGCCCGACAGCACACUCCCACCAUCACCUCUCUUUCUCCGCGAAGCACGCGCAACCGCUGUCCGCUUGCAAUCAUCGCACCGCAAGAUAGGCCGCCGAAAGGCAGCCGCGCCGCCAGGUGAAUAUAUCCCCGCACUGCCCACAGACCCAGAGAUCCCACUGCUCCUGUUUGCGUCGCACCGCCAGAUGCCUGUUCGUGGAGUGUCACAGGCAAUAGGGUCGUGGACCCUAAUGCUACCGUGGAAGUGGGUCAUGCCCGUGUGGUAUGGGCUCAUGAAUGUCUCGAGUGACAUCAGAUUUGGAGGCAUAGACGAGGUGAGGCAGGUUUUCUUCGAGAGGGGCGAAGGGUGCUUUCCCGACGAUUUCCCGGGGACGGCAUCAGGGGCGGAGGAGGAGAGGAGGAAGGGGGCGGAGAGGAAAGAGGUGUGGGAGAAGAGGCCGAGGGGCAAAAAGGUGGUUUGGGAAAGGGUCUUGUUGGGAGAAAAGAGAGGAGAGCUGGGUGAUGGGUUUUUAUGCGAUUGGGGGUGGCUGGUUGGUGACAGGAAGGUGAAGGUUGUUGGGAAGGAGCAGGUCGAUAAGGCUACUGCGAAGACUACGGGGGUUGCGGAAACUGCGGGGGCUACGGAAACUAUGGAGACUGCGGAGACUACGGAGACCGCCAGGACGACAGAGACUGCGGAUAGCAUGGACAUAGAUCCACCUGCCCCUCCCCAUCCCCCGGCUGAACCAGCUCCUUCCUCCAAACCGGUUCCUUCUGUUGAGCCAGCACCUCCAGUAGAGUCAACUCCUCCAGUCGGGCCAACCAAUCCCGCCGAACCAACUCCCUCCCCAAUAGUAGCUCCCAAAUACUGGCAAAUACCCGCGCACCUGAUCCAUCCUCUUCUUACCUCCACCGAUAAUCUCUCUAGCACCCUUUCCACACUCCCCCCCGCUACACUCGCCGCUGGCCUCUUCACGGUAAAACUUACCUCCCUACAACGCGGCACACCUUUAUCCCGUGCACGAAUAUACGCCCUCCCCGAAUCAAAUCCAGAGCUGUGUGCACAGUGGAAAUCGCUCCUACCGCAAUCCAAAGCAAAGAAAGACUCCAACCUCAAGAAUGGCAAGAAGCAAAUACCCCGGGCAGGGCAAGAGGGAUACCCGCAUGUGCCAGGCGAAGAAGAGUGCAUAGGCUUUGUGACUACGGGUAACUUCAAUCUCAAAGAGGGGAUGGGCAUUGGGGUUGGCGCUUUGGCUUUUGGCAAGGUUUUUCGGGAGGGGAGGAAGGGGACUGUGGGGAGAGUUGUGAUUGUGAGGAGUGUGGGUGAGAGUCUGGGUAGGCUGGCCAGAUGGGAUGUUGUUUAA